UUUGUGGUCCACUCAUCAAGUCGGAGGAAGAUCCAGAACAGUGUGUUGCGUAGAUGAUGGGUGCACGGUUAGUACGCUUGGUGAGAAAUGUUAACCUUGAGAACAGGAUUCAGCGAGAAAUCUCGAAAGACAAACCUCGGUCUGCGCCCAGGCACAAGUUGACUCAGCCGACGAGCACUGCUCAGAAUGAAGCAAUUUCGUUUUCGGCAGAAAGUGUAACGGGCGCUGUCCACCAGAAGAACGACCCUCUACUGUGCAAUUUGAAGUCAGUCUUUGUGGAGUCGAAAGACAAAGCAGUAGGAAGCGUUAAGUCACUGAAAGAGGAAUGUGUGGACGAAGACACAAAGACCCGUCCGGUGAAGUUCACUCUUCCAGGCGACUCACAUGGUCUUGCAACUCUAACAAGCAUUCCUCACGGCAAACUGACCAUCACAGAGGCUCUCAAGGCCCUCAGCAGCCACCACAGUCAGCCUCACACAUGGACAUCACAGAGGAUUUCAGAAGAAUAUUGUCUGAAUUUGAAAGAAACAAACUCUUUUCUUGCGUUUUUCAUCCCCUUUCAAAUUCAGAUUAUCCCACCCCAGAUUGGAAAUGUUAAAAAAAACUGAAAGCUUCAUAGGAAUACAUAGUGAAUGACAAAGUGCAUGAUGUAUAGACUAUUGGACAUUGAUUUGGGACAAUUUUGUUACCCAGCACAUAGAAAUUUGAAUGAAAUUAUUUCAAUUAUUUCAAUCCAUCAGGUACGCCCACACAGUUAGGUGCUUUUAGAUACAAAUUUAUCAAUUUAAGAAAACACAAUUGAAUGAAGAAAAUAUUACAAUUAUUUUUAUAUUGUCAGCAUUGACAUUCAAGAGCGAAAUUAAUCAUCAGAAACCUGGACUAUUUUUCUGUAGUAUCUUAAGAUACAUUUCAGCCUUAUUUCAUUUAUUUGUUUUGGAAAUUUGAAUGUUCAAAAACUGAAACAGUUUUCCCCCAAUAAAAAUUUGGUUCAUUUAUUUGUAAAUGCUAAAUUGCCACCACUGUUGUUCCUGAACAGCGGCUUUCAUGUACUUAAGUUUCACUGGAAUUGGAAGAACUAAAAAAACAUUACGAGAUUUAAAACAUCGGGAUAUGGCAUAUAUAUAUUUUCUGUUUUUAGAUACAAUAAAGUAAUUCAAAUACA